CGUCCAUUGCACAUUCUGGCAAACAACUGAACAGUUAUGACUCUUCCGGCACAAGCACCAGUAUUCGAUGGCCUGUACGCCUAUUCCUCAAAGGAGAGGCUCGUCCAAGCGUACGCAGGCAAGCCGCUCACCGCGCUUCGCACACCUGCAUUUGUAGUCGACCGCGCUGUGUUCGCACUCAACUGCGGGGUGAUGCAUAAAGGUGUGCUGCAGGGAUGGGGAGCGAGUUUUAGAGCACACGUCAAAACCCAUAAGACUGUGGAGGGGUCGAGGAUGAUGCUCCAGAGUAGUGAGGGCAAAACAGAUGCAGUGGUCGUCUCUACUGUAGCAGAGGCGUGGGGGCUUAUCAACGGCGGUCUCCUCGCUGACGGCACUGUCAAAGACAUCCUCUACGGCCUCCCCGUCGGACUUACGAAACUGGACGACCUCUCAGCUGUCAAAGUCGAGCUGGAAAAGCAUGGCGCUGUCCUCCGCCUCAUGGUCGAUACCGAAGCGCAAGUCAAGGGGUUGGAAGAGUACAUGCACCUCAAGGGCGUCAAGGGCUGGACGGCGUUCGUCAAGGUCGACUCUGGCAACAAGCGUGCAGGGCUGACGCCCAACGCUCCCUCUCUCCCAGCGCUCAUCAAGUCCAUCCUCGCCUCCCCCGCACUCUCCAUCUACGGCUUCUACUGCCACGCCGGGCACGCGUACGCGUCUACCUCGCUCGACGCCGCCUCCUCCACGUUGAAGGACGAAAUCGACGCUGCUAAUGCCGCAUGCUCAAUUGCGCUCUCCCUCGCCCCCGAGCCAGCGGCACCGUAUGUCAUCUCCGUGGGCUCCACCCCCACUGCCCACGCGGCGGCUCUCAAACCGCAGCACCUGGCACUGAAAGGCAAGCUGGAGAUCCACGCCGGGAACUACCCUUGCCUAGACUUGCAGCAGCUUGCUACCCAUCUCAUAGGUGAGCAGCGGAUCGCAGCCACCGUGCUCACUACCGUCGUCUCCUCCUACCCUGAUCGGGACGGCGGUGAGGGGAUGUGUGACGCCGGCGCGCUGGCGAUGUCAAAGGACCGAGGGCCCAUCCCCGGAUUUGGGGAUGUCGUCACCCCAGGAUGGGAGAACUGGCGGCUGGGAAGGAUAAGCCAGGAACACGGGGUGCUCACCCGUGCUGAGGGAAAGCAGGGAAAGGAACUCGAGGUGGGCUCAGUGCUCCAGGCCGUGGGGCAGCAUUCGUGCCUCACGAGCGCAUGCUUUCCCUGGUAUUAUGUCGUUGAUUCGAGUGAAGGGGAUGGAAAGACUGUGGUUGAUGUUUGGGUGCCGUGGAGAGCCUGGUGAACUGCAGACUCGGGAUGUGUACGUUGCACUGACUGUAGAAUUGGGUUGAAUGUGUAGUUUACAAGAAAUGAAAGAGCAUAAAUGUCACAUGACUCCGUCCGGUACAAACCCACUGACAUAUAAAGCUUCAAGCAUACCAACUGAUUCGAAAUGCGCUGUCGUUGGUGACAACGACGAGCAACGUUGAACUUGACAUACUGAUCAAGCCGUCAGGUUGUGCACGGAUAGCGUACAAUCCCUCUCCGGGAACCCAGAUUACAUGCAUCGAAAGAAUGAACCACGUACACAACGGGCCACAUUAGUACACUCGUCUCCUCUUGUCCCUCUCCCUCUCCCGGUCCCUCUCCUCACCCCGACUUCGAGACCGUCCCCUACGGCCCUCCCGUCCCUCUCUGUUUCUUUCCUCUCGUCCACGAUCCCGACCAUCCCGAGCUCUCUCGUCUCGGUCUCGAUCACACCGAUCCCGGUCGGCCCGAUUGCGAUCAUCACGACCCCGAUAAUUUUGCCCUUCCCGCUCUGCAGCCGUGAUGCGUGGUACGAUGUCAUCGAAAGGAUUGGAGAGGACUUUGAUCGUGUUUAUCUUUGGCGGGUAGGUGGGCCGGCCGGUGCUGUCGAUCUCGAGUUGUCCGAUCUUGAGCACAUUGUAGGUCGUAUCCCCCACUACCCGACCAAACAGCGUGUUCUUCCCUUGCAGUUCAUCCGCCCUAUCGAGUGUGAUAAAGAACUGCGAGUCGUUCGUGUUGGUUCCUUCCCCGCUUGCGCAGCCUACGAGGCCGCGGUGGGUCCAUCGGAGACGUGGAUGGGGUUCGCUCUCGAACGGUUCUCCAAAGAAUGAUCCCCCGCCAUUUCCCGUGCCCGUGCGGUCACCCGUCUGUACCAAGAAUCCCGGG